CCUGCCCAGAAGCUGACAGCUCAGUGAAGUGUCUCUCUCGCUGCUGACAGCAUGAAGUCCUACUUGCUGCUUCUUCUGCUCUGUUUCCUCGCAGGAUGCAAAGGCCAGAAGAGUGAGUGUGACAGCUUCACUGACCUGAAUUUCCACGAGUCCUUUAUGGGGACCAGCCUGUCCGUGAAGCUGUUGCUGUACACAGGGGCCAAUCCAGACUGCGGCCACCAGCUGUCACAUCAUGACCUCACACACCAGCCACUAUUCAAUCUGAGCCGGCGGACGGCCAUGGUGAUCCACGGGUACCGGCCCACGGGGGCCCCUCCCAUCUGGGUGUCUCACAUGGUGCACCUGCUGGCUGCACAGGAUGACACAAACGUUGUCGUCGUGGACUGGAACCGUGGCGCCGCUAACAUUAAUUAUUUCACUGCUGUGGCUAACAGCCGCAGUACUGCUAUUAACAUCUCCAGCUUCAUUCAGAAAAUGCAGGAACAUGGGGCCUCUUUGAGCUCCAUCCACUUAAUUGGAAUGAGCCUGGGGGCACACGUGGCUGGCUUUGUGGGGGCGAUGCUCAAAGGCAAGAUCGGCAGGAUCACAGGCCUAGACCCAGCAGGGCCCCUGUUCAAUGGGGUACCCCCAGCAGAGCGUCUGGACCCCACAGAUGCCCAGUUUGUUGAUGUUCUGCACACCGACAUGCACGGCCUGGGGUACAAAGGGUCCCUGGGACACAUCGACUUCUAUGCUAAUGGGGGAGCCGAGCAGCCCGGCUGUCCCAAGUCCAUCUUCGCAGGAAAGUCGUACUUUGUGUGUGACCACCAGAGGGCAGUCUUCCUCUUUCUCUGUGCCCUCAACAAGACAUGCAGCUUCACCGCCUACCCGUGCUCGUCUUACUCCGACUUCCAGGAUGGGCGGUGCCUCUCCUGUGAGCCGCUGAGGCCCGCACCCUGCCCUGUCUUUGGUUAUGACGUCAGAGGGUGGAGGGACGCCGUGGUGCAGCGGGGCCAAACCAGGGCCUAUUUCUCCACUGCCGCAGAGUCACCUUACUGCAAGAGCAGCUACCGUGUGGACAUGAUGACCUGGAACCAGUUCACACGCUGGGGGACUGUGGUCCUCAAGUUACACAGCGGCAGGAGGGUGACAGAGACUCGCAUGGACCAUAAAGUGAUCCGGUUCGAGCAGUACACAGCCACUCGCAUGCUGGCCCAGUUUGACGAGGACCUGCACCCAGUCCAGAAGAUCUCCAUCCGCUUCAUCACGGGCAACAUGAUCGGGCCCAAGUACAAGCUGCGGAUGCUAUGGAUCCGGCUCACGCCGCUGGGCGAGCCCAACAGGCCACUGCUGUGCCGCUAUGACAUCAUCCUGGAGGAGAACACGGAAGCAUCAUUCAGGCCCAAGCCAUGUGAGGAGGCGGGCUUCUGAAGAGAGCAAGGAUCUUACUCAAGGAAGGGUUCCUACUAACUACCAAGGGGAUCUAGUACCAUAACAAGGGAACAGCCAAGCAGCGCCAAUGAACAGCUCACACUGUGUAGAUAUCAAGAGAGGAGUGUAACACUGUCGGAGAGCUUCCAGAUAUGGGAGAAGAACACACAGAGGUCAUGGAGAUGGCUGCUACCUCCCUGAGGUCUGGCUGGCUCUACAAAAUGACCGAUGGGCCACAGGGAAAUUGUACCUGCAGGGGGAGGGGGUCAAAUUCAGCGUUCAUGUCGCUGUGGGAGAUCACAGAUACCUCUUCAUACUGGAAAUGCCUUGUUAAGUUAGGACCUGAAUAAAGAGUAAUUUCACUUUGA